GGGUUGUGGACGGUUGAAGUAUGUCUGGCCGUGGAAAAGGUGGCAAGGGCUUGGGAAAAGGAGGCGCCAAACGGCACCGCAAAGUAUUGCGGGAUAACAUCCAAGGCAUUACGAAGCCUGCAAUUCGCCGUUUAGCUCGUCGUGGCGGGGUGAAGCGUAUCUCCGGCUUGAUCUACGAGGAGACUCGCGGGGUGCUCAAGGUCUUUCUGGAAAACGUCAUCCGGGAUGCCGUGACUUACACCGAGCACGCCAAGAGAAAGACUGUGACCGCCAUGGAUGUGGUGUACGCUUUGAAGCGCCAAGGCCGCACUCUCUACGGAUUUGGUGGUUAAAUACUACGGCUGCGAAUUGAUCAAAAUAAUCAAAAGGCCCUUUUAAGGGCCACCCACUUUUUCAUAAAAAAGCUGAGUUUCUAUGAGUA